AUGAAGUAAGAAUCGCAUAAUGAAAUUUCUCAUAAAAUCCCCGCGAAACUCGUUUUGUGAAUAUAAAAGCGGGCAUCGACAAAAAAUCCCUUCGUAUUGUUGCCCGUUUUACUCGUUAUGAGGUUACUAUUACUAGAGUUUUCGUUUUUGUUUUUUGAAUGUUGGGCCAAAUCACAGUUGCCGGAAUGGCUGCAUGAUGGAUUCCCCAGGUCGAAUAAGGAGGACUUCCCUCGAUACGGGAGCAAGUUUGACGGGAAAAGUCGGGAGAGGCCGUUCGGGGAGAUCAGAGAUGCCAGUCGAAGUGAUCCGCAUGACUUUGGACAUAUGAGUGGAUACCCGGAGAAGUUGUUUCAUAAAGUAGGUUUUACUGCCCUUAGGCGAAUGCAUGAGAGCCCUCAAAGUAAGAGACUUGAAUUAUGAUGAAAAAUGAAGAGAAUUGAAGGAUUGGCAUUCUAAAACUUCAUCGAAUUAAUUUAAAUUCUGGGAUAAUUGUGUAUAACUACAAAAUUUCUCUUUCAGCCUCCCCAAUGGCCAAAUCAUCCCCAAAAUUAUGGCUCUGGCUAUACUGGGAACAAUCCAAAACUCUUCCCAUCCCACGACAACAAUGGUCAGUCCGUCAACGAAAAACACGGAUGGAUUGUCCCGGGAAAGGACCGGCAGGAUUACGCGACGCCAGCGCGGAAGUUUGAAAGCCAUUCGAGGGAAGGAAGUGGAGAAAAUUUUGAACGUAACCCCGGAAGAUUCGAGCAGAAACGUCGGCCGAGCAGUUGGGAGCAUAAGUCGAGAGAACGACCGCAUUCCAGAGAAUUGGAGCAUUCCGGAUCCCAUGAGCAACGAGUUGAAUCGCCAAGACGGCCAAAUUACAGGCCAAACAGUCAGGAACGAUCGGCGGAAUACAAAACAAGGCCGAGCUCGGCGGAAUCAGCUGAAAGGAGGCCUCAAAGGCCGAGGUUCGAAGGCAAGUCCACCGAGUUCAAGGGAAAGUCAGGGUAUGCUCAAAGAAGGCCCAACAGCAGAGAGGACUCUAGAGAAGUAAAAGGAAGAUAUAACGAGGCCAAAGAAAACUCGAGAGAAGCCAAGGAGCGUUAUGUUGAAGCCAAAGUGAGCUCCAGAGAACAGCGGCCAAAAUCAAGGGAGUAUAAAGAGUCUGCAGAGGCAAAGUCAAAGUAUGCUCGACCUGAAGCGGCAAGGGUGGUCCCAAAAUCAGAAGAGCGACAAAGCUCAGCAGAGAAUAAGGAGGGCCCAGAUUCAAAGCCCAGUUACGUGCGAAGGCCAGAAGAAUCCAAACCAAUUGAUUCGAGGCCGGCAGAAACAAGGCCAACCGAGCCAAAGUCAUCAGAAUCCAGACGUCCAGAGCCCAGACCAGCAGAACCUAGGCCAUCCGAACCCAGACCCCCCAAGCCUGACAGGUCCGAAUACAAACCUCCUCCUCAGCCAUCCCUCAGCCUAAGCGAUCGCUCGCAACUUCCCGAUAGCUACAGAGAACGAGUGGAACGACCUCCAACUCGAGAACCAAGACCUCCUGGAAUUCCUCAGCCGACGGAAAGAAAGAUGGGAUAUGUUAGAGGAUUCAGUAGCUCCGAGGAGAAAGAGAGAGGAGCAGAGAGCAGAGAAGUCAAGGAACACCGUCCAGACAGCAAGUACGUGACCCCACAUCAGUCGGAAGAGCCAUUUCAUAAGCCGCCAAGCAUGUUGGAUAGUCGUGAGAGAGGUAGGAUUGAAAAGAUUUUUGAUGGGGUACACCAAGGGAUAUAUAUUUACAGAGGAAGUACCCGAAGUGGCGACGCUCAGAUUUUGACGAAACUUGGCACAAAUUUAGAAUAAUUUUUUCUAAAAUAUAUUAGGUUGGGACGAAAGUUUUCCCCUUAAUUUUCGGGAAAAGUUAUGGAAGUCGUGGAACUUCCUGGAAAGUUCUAUCAUGUGACUAUGUAAGGGUGACUUGAUAGCAUAUAGACUGAUAUGUAACUUGUCUCCAUAGCGCUCUCCAAACGUGGAAAAAUUUCCGUCCCAAAGUUGCUGUUUCGAUGCGUCAAAUUUUAAAACUAUCGCAGAAUACCAAAACCCAUGGAAGAUAUAACCGAAGUCUAGGAUGUUAUAGGCAAGGACGUCCUCUUUUAUGGUGUGGCCAAGUAUUGGUUCCAGAGGUUGAAAAAAGGAGUUAGACGACCAAGUUCUGGCGGCCAUCUGAGAUAGAUGAUGACGCCCUAAAAGGCUUAAUCGUGAGCUAUCCCAAAUUGCCAUUACGUGAACUUGGAGAGCUCUUUGGGUUCUCCCAUACUACCAUUAUGGACUACAUCGGUUGGGAAAAGUGUGGAAGUGUGGUUAAUUUGUUCCGCACGAACUUUCGGAGUCACGGCUGUACUGUUGCUCCUAAUUUUUGUCGUACCGCCGCACGCUGAAUUGGCUGACCAAUAUCAUUACACCAAAAAUGGGUGAUGUAUAUAAACCAUACCCGCAAGCUUCAGUAGCUUGAAGCCGACCAUCACGGUGAACCAACCCCAAAACCAAAAUUCACCCAAAAAAGGUCAUGUUCUGCGAUUGGUGGACUUGUAUGGGAGGUAUUUAUUAGGAAUGGCUCCCUGAUGGUAAAACUGUCACUAGAUAACAUUAUUAUUGCCAGUUGGACCGCGUCGCCGAAAAUGCUAGAGAAAAUUUGAACAAAUGUUCCUCCUUCACGACAACGCCUGCUACCACAUUGCAAAAAUCGCGCGCAAAAAAUUCAGGGAGAAUGCAUGGACUUUGCUGCCCUACCCACACUACACCCCAGCCUUGGCACCUUCUGAUUACCAUUUGAUCAGAUCGCUAAGCUACCGUUUGGGAGAUGUGCGGUUCGAUUGUUUGGGGGAUCUCAAAACAGGUCUUUCUGACAUUUUUUAUUAUAAAUACCCCAGUUUUUAAGCUCGCCAAUUGAAUCCUUGUCGGAACGUUGGCAAUACGUAGUGGAUACCGACGGUGGAUGUUAUGUUUGGUUUCCCGUUACAACUGUCAAAAUAAAUUUGUUUGGAAAAAAACAAGAAAAAGGGGAAAACUUUCGUCCCAACCUAAUAGAAAAAAUCUCGAAUCCUAGCUCGCGCUUUGCAGAAACAAACGAGGUUUUUAGAUUGAAAGUCGGCAAAAAUUUGAGGCUUUUGCCAAAUUUCGGCACGAAAAGUUUCGUACCUAUUUCUACCGUAAUAGUUCCAUAAAAAAUCAUUUUUUUCCGCACGAAACUAGCAAAUUUAUGGCCAAAAAGUGUUUCUCUCUCUCUCUGACCGCUCUUCGCGUUUAGUGUACUCUCUUGGCGUUCAAUAUCUCGGCGGCGCUUGCAAAGCGCGAGCUAAAACUUUCAGGAAUUGACACUUAGUCUAUGCCCGACGUGUGUGCAAAAUUUCAAGAAAAUCUGAGCGUCGCACUUGGGGUACUUACCUUGUUAGUAUGCAUAUACAUUUCUGCUAACGGGAAAAAAUAUAUGGCUUAUUUAGCGUCAAAUUGAAUCCCAAUUCAGAUUCAUCGCGGUACCCGACACCAAAGCCAACUGAGAAUCUUCUACCGCCAGUACAGAGUGAUCUACAACGGACCACCUACAAAGCGGAACAGCCGACUAUGCCCUCUCCGCCGCCAUUAGUUUACCAAUACACCACCAGCGCCUACUCCGAUGAAUAUCGGACAGCAAGCACCACGACAACAACUUCCUCGUAUAGCUAG